AGGGGGAACAGAUGUUCACAGCUGAACAGAAUUUCGCAGAAGAAAUCUUUUGAAUCGUUUGGUUUCCCGUAUUUCUGGUCCAGUGGUGGAUCGUACGAGCACGAAGAGCUCCGCUGUGUACGGGACGCGUCCUUAUGGAGAAAAGUGGAAGUGACCACAGGAGCUAAAGUCCGCGGACACACCCGGAGAACAAAAACGGUCUCUGUGAUUUCUGCACGCAGUGAACGCAGCGCCACAGGGAUUGUUUGCCAUAUUGAAUCAUCAGUCCUGAACAGUGACUCAGCCUCUUCUUCAUCCUGAAAAAAGUUUGACCGGCCCCACAAAUGGAUGCAAAUGACUUACAAGGACCAAGGCCGUGCCACAGAUAUCAGGAAAAGUUAAAGUCAAAAAUAAAACAGAUGUCAAAUGAGUUUUGGACAGCAAGUAAAAACCUGUUUGAAGAAAACAAGACGCCUGAUCUGUCGUACACUUCACUUGUAUUAGACACAGAGGAGAGCGUUUCUCCAUCUAAAAUAAAGAAACUGAAGAAAACGAAAAGCAACCUGAUUCGCCCUAAAAAGCUGAGGACAUACAUCCCUGAGGAGAAAGCAGGCGUGUCCCUCAGUGACCUGCUGAAAACAGAUAGAAACAUCCUCUUGGUUGGAAAGCCUGGAAUUGGAAAGACAGCACUGACUCAUGAAAUGCUGAGACUCUGGGCAGAAAGAGAAACCAAUGAGCUUAAUUACAUGUUUUACUUUGACAUGAGGGAAACCUCACAGAUCAUGAAUGCCAAAAACUUGGAGGAUCUUCUUUUUGGUGUGUUCAGUGAACCAGAUGAAGGCAAAGAUGAGGUCUUACAGGAUAUAAAGAGAUACUCUGAGAAUGUUACAAUCAUUUUUGAUGGACUCACAGAUCUCUCUUCAUCAGUGGUGGAGAAGCUUCUAAAGAAAGAUCUACUUCCUCUUGCAAAGAUCAUCAUAACAUGCAGACCAGAUGAUGAAGACUUGUUUUCUGGAGAUUUUGCCAGAGUGGAGGUGAAAGGCUUUAGUGAGCAGACUAUAAAAACAUACUUAUCUGCAACAGUCGGUGAAGAACAGAAGAAGGUUUUGAGUAACUUGGAGUUGGUAACUCUUUGUCAUGUCCCCAUGUAUGCACUGAUGGUGGCUGCCUGCUGUUCAUCAGAGGUCUCUCCACAGCCAUGUACAAUAACUGAGAUAUACAUCAAUAUUGUUCGUUUAUGCCUUCAGAUAAACAGCAAAACAAGGAACAAAGAUCUAAAUUCCUUCAUCAGCACCAAGAGAGAAGAAAUUCUGUCUCUGGCUGAGGUUGCUUUUCUUUCAGCUGAAAGAAAAACUGUGAACCUGACAGACCUGCGCUGUGAAGACAGCUGUGUCCUCUCCUUCCUGAAACCUCUUCUCAUCAAGGCGGCUCCUACAGAAACAAUAACCACAUACGCAUUUCUCCAUUACACAGUGCAGGAGUUCUUUGCAGCUCUGUGGCUCCUGAAGAAUCCUGAUAAAAUCAGGGAUGUUCUUCAGCAGUGCCUCACAGAGGAGAAGAAGCACAUGAAACAUCUGAUCCCUUUCAUGUGUCGAUUGUUGAAUGAGAAGAGCCCGAGUUUGAUGAAGCAUCUGAUUCCAGAUCAGGACCUGAAGAAUACAUCUAAUUGGUUCUUCAAGGAGCUGAUAGACACAUUUCUUCCUCGUGUGUGUGAGCAAGCUGAGGCUGAUACUGAGGACAGUGGGCUCCAUGCUGACAUGCUGUUCUUAUGCCAGUGCUUGUAUGAGUCCCAGAGUCCUGAAGCAUGCAUCUACCUUCUAGACAAACUGAACUACCAUCUUGACCUCAGUGGAGAGAGUCUGGAUCCUUACCCUUGCUGUGCUGUGGCCUAUGUGCUCACUCAGUCACAGGAAAGGAAAAUAUGGCUGAACCUUAAAGACGCGAUGAUAUCAAAAGAAGCAGUGAGACAGCUGUUUAGAUGCCUUGAAAAUGUUCAAUGGUGUGACCCUCUGCCUCGACAGCAGUGGGAGAUUUUCCUUCUCAGUAAAGAGCAGAUAGACUUUGUGACCUUACUCAGACUUAAUAGAAAUCAGUUACGCCUUCCAGUUAAAGGUGAAAAACAGCUGUUUGAAAGAGCUGUGAAAGUGAUGCAGAGGAUGGAUACAAAGGUUAAUGUCUGCCUCUACUGGGACAGAGAAACUCCUGCCUGUCAGGAUCUGUGUGAGUCUCUGUUAGAGGCUUUGCCGUUCAUCAGUUCACUCAGUGUUGAUCCUAAGAGGUCAGAUCUUCAUGAAGCAGUCAGGUUCUUUGUGAAUCUCUUCUGUGCAGCAGCAGAGAGAGAACAGCAGACAGGAGAGAAGAUACUGGAGCUGUUAUCAUCAGUGUGCAGAUAUACAGGGUUCCCUGUUGAUAAGAGAAACAUGGAUGGAAAAUAUCAGUGUGAUUUCCUGCUGGAGCUGUACUCCCAUGUGAAGGACUGUGAGACUAAAACCGGUCUGAGUGUCCUUCCAUCAUUACAGUCAGUUUUCCAGUCAACUCCUGCAGUCUGGUCCAUAAACCUCUCAGAGAGAAAGACCUCCAUCCUCCUGGAAGUGCUGAAACUCCAUCCAAAGAAGAAACAAGUGGAGCUGACAGACUGCUCACAUGAAGAGAGUGAAGUGAGGAGUUUCCUUCAGUGUCUGCCUUAUAUCUCACAGCUCAGUGUUGAUCCUCAGAGGUCAGAUCUUCAUGAAGCAGUCAGGAUCAUUGGGAAUCUGUUCUGUGCAGCAGCAGAGAAAGAACAGCAGACAGGAGAGAAGAUACUGGAGCUGUUAUCAUCAGUGUGCACAUAUACAUGGUUCCCUGUUAAAGAGGGAAACAACGACAGAAAAUAUCAGUGUGAUUUCUGGCUGGAUCUGUGCUCCCAUUUGAAGGACUAUGAGACUAAAACAGGUCUGAGUGUCCUUCCAUCAUUACAGUCAGUUCUUUCAGCUCCUGCAGUCUGGUCCAUAAACCUCUCAGAGAGAAAGACCUCCAUCCUCCUGGAAGUGCUGAAACUCCAACCAGAGAAGAAACAAGUGGAGCUGACAGGCUGCUCACAUGAAGAGAGUGAAGUGAGGAGUUUCCUUCAGUGUCUGCCUUAUAUCUCACAGCUCAGUGUUGUUCCUCAGAGGUCAGAUCUUCAUGAAGCAGUCAGGAUCAUUGGGAAUCUGUUCUGUGCAGCAGCAGAGAGAGAACAGCAGACAGGAGAGAAGAUACUGGAGCUGUUAUCAUCAGUGUGCACAUAUACAUGGUUCCCUGUUAAAGAGGGAAACAACGACAGAAAAUAUCAGUGUGAUUUCCGGCUGGAUUUGUACUCCCAUGUGAAGGACUAUGAGACUAAAACAGGUCUGAGUGUCCUUCCAUCAUUACAGUCAGUUCUUUCAGCUCCUGCAGUCUGGUCCAUAAACCUCUCAGAGAGAAAGACCUCCAUCCUCCUGGAAGUGCUGAAACUCCAACCAAAGAAGAAACAAGUGGAGCUGAGAGGCUGCUCAUAUGAAGAGAGUGAAGUGAGGAGUUUCCUUCAGUGUCUGCCUUAUAUCUCACAGCUCAGUGUUGAUCCUCAGAGGUCACAUGAAGCAGUCAGGUUCUUUGCGAAUCUGUUCUGUGCAGCAGCAGAGAGAGAACAGCAGACAGGAGAGAAGAUACUGAAGCUGUUAUCAUCAGUGUGCACAUAUCAAACAUUCCCUGUUAGUGAGAGAUACAUGGAUGGAAAAUUUCAGUGUAAUUUCCGGCUGGAUCUGUGCUCCCAUGUGAAGGACUAUGAGUCUAAAACAGGUCUGAGUGUCCUUCCAUCAUUACAGUCAGUUCUUUCAGCUCCUGCAGUCUGGUCCAUAAACCUCUCAGAGAGAAAGACCUCCAUCCUCCUGGAAGUGCUGAAACUCCAACCAGAGAAGAAACAAGUGGAGCUGAGAGUCUGCUCACAUGAAGAGAGUGAAGUGAGGAGUUUCCUUCAGUGUCUGCCUUAUAUCUCACAGCUCAGGUAA